AGUUAGCUCAGUUUAAAGUCAGCUCUUGUGGCUCCUUAGGCGAGCCUAAACUAAUAAUUGAAUGAUUGGAUCAAAAUUUUUCAAAUAAUUCUAUUAGGACAAAAAAAAAUGCCUUCAGUGAAUUCGGAUUUAGAAAAAGAUGAUAGUCAAUCGUGGGAAUUGGCUGAAAGAUGUUUAUUACCUAUUGCUUUUUCACAUGCGAUUGCUGUCAUUUUAGCGACAGUAUUAAAUACAUUUGGCAUCUCGCAAACUUCUAGUUUUGUGCUUUUUCUAUUAUUUUUGGUUAUAUCCAUUAGUUUCACCUUGUUCUACCACAAUCUCAAGGUAUCAGCAGCAGGAAAAGCAGUAUUAAUUACCGGAUGUGAUGCGAGAGUUGGAUCCGCAUUAGCCAGAAAAUUAGAUGAAUUGGGAUUUACAGUAUUUGCGGGAUUUUCGAAUAAAGCGGAAAAUGAGGAAGCAGCACAAAAAUUAAAAGAAGAAUCUUCAGGAAGAUUACACAUUUUACAAUUGGAUGUUACUAGUGAACAUGAUAUUCAUUCAACAUUUUUAUAUGUAAAUGAAAAUCUACCUGAUGGAUCACCAGGACUGUGGGCUUUAGUACAUGCCGAUACUUGGGUAACUCUCGGAGAAUGCGAAUGGAUUCCAACUUCAGUUUUAAAAAGAAGCAUGGAUAUAAACGUCAAUGGCGUGUCAAGAUUAACUCAGGUUUUUCUACCUCUCGUAAGAAGAUCAAAAGGUCGCAUUGUGCUGGUCGGUAGCCUUUUGGCUCGAAUCCCAAGUGCAGUCAGAGGAAUUCAUUGUGCUGUCAAAGCUGCAAUAGAAGCUUGGGGAAGUUGCUUGAGAUUGGAAAUGCGCCGAUGGGGUGUCGAUGUCGUUAUUGUUGAAACUGGCGAAUAUGUAUCAGGAAACGUGUGGUUAAAGGACAAUGCAAUGAUAUUAGAACAAGCAAGAGAUAUGUGGACACAAUUAGAACCACAAACACGAAAAGAAUAUGGCAAAACAUUAUUUCAAAAGGAAAUGUUGGCACUUGAAAAAUAUACAAAAGGACCUGAAGCUGAUUUAAUGCCCGUUACACGUGCAUUGACAGAUGGAAUAACUAAAACAUUUCCAAUGAAAAGGUACACACCAGUGUCCCGUAAAGAAAGAAUACAAGCUUUACUUAGUGAUCAUUUACCAAGAUCAGUUUAUGAUAUAUUAUAUACAAAUUAAAUGGACUGUUGAUUCAAUUUACAUUGUUAUAUGCUAAUUUUAUCGAAUUCAAAAUGUUAUAAUUGCUGUUAAUAAUUACACUUUUAAGAUCUUCUCAGGUGAGAUAUUUUCUUUUAUGAAAACGAAAAUUUAUACAAGAAUCGAAAGAUAUUCAAUAAAAACGGGGAUUUAAUUCAA